AUGCGUCGGGCGGUGUCCGCUAACGCAGCGGCCCAGCGCCGCCGUCGAGCCCGUUUGACCGAGGCGCAGCGGCAGGCUGAGGCCGAACGGAACGCGGCCCAGCAGCGAGCCCGCCGGCAGAGGGAGGCUGUACGGGAGGCCGAGGCCGCUCGCCAGCGGGAGCGCGCGGACGGCGAUCGGGAGCGACAGCUGAACGCCGAAAGACAGCGCGCGUUCCGAGCCGCACAGGAGGAGGGAGCUAGGCAGGCCGAGCUGGAGGCGAACGCGGCGCGCCUCCGCCAGCGGCGGGAGGAACAGGAGGAGGCGGAGAGGCAGGCCGAGCGCGAGGCGAACGCGGCGCGCCUCCGUCAGCGGCGAGAGGAACAGGAGGAGGCGGAGAGGCAGGCCGAGCGUGAGGCCAACGCGGCGCGCCUCCGCCAGCAGCGGGAGGAACAGGAGGAGGCGGAGAGGCAGGCCGAGCGCGAGGCGAACGCGGCGCGCCUCCGCCAGCGGCGAGAGGAGCAGGAGGAGGCGGAGAGGCAGGCCGAGCUGGAGGCGAACGCGGCGCGCCUCCGCCAGCGGCGAGAGGAGCAGGAGGAGGCGGAGAGGCAGGCCGAGCUUGCCGAGGGUGCCCGGCGCCACCAGCAGCAGCGCGCUGUCGCCCGCACCGGCGGGUACGCACCGUGUGUGGUGGUGCAGGGGCGGCUGUACCACCGCAUUGGACCGCUGGAAGCCCCUGGAGACCGGCCACCCUCCUUCGCCCAGAUAUACAUAAGCGACCCGCUGGCCGAAGAUCCGGAGGCUGAGGCGGCCAUUCGACUCGGUCAUGUGCGCCUGCCGGCAGCGACCUCUGCCGCCGUGCAGCACCGGCUGCUGGACCUGCUGGGACAGCUUCAGGCCAUGCUGCGCCAAGUCAACCCCUGGGUGCAGGAUUUCAUCAUGGCUGCCGAGGUCCUGGCACGGGAGGUGGAACACCGGCAGCUGAUCAUCAGCGUUGCAGCCCGACCCGCUGGCCAGCACGCGCGCCGCUACAACGCCCCCGAGGGACUGCGUGAGGUGGCUGUCCUCAUGGGAGAGGAGCCCGGACAGCACGACCUGGUACUGCGCCGCCGAGCUGAUGGCGGGACCGGCGUGCUGCAGACCAUCGAUGAGAGCCACCGAGCGUGUGACCCACUCCAUUUCGUCCUCCUGUUUCCACUGGGGACUACAGGGUGGCACCCGGCGAUUGCUCAGGCGCCGCAGCCCGGCAGGGAGCGGCAGCGAAUGGUGACAACACUCCAGUUUUACGCAUACCGGCUCCAGAUCAGGCCCCACCAGGACGACAGCCUCCACCGCGCCGGUCGCCUGUUUCAAGAGUUUGUCUGUAUGGCCUACGCCAAGGUCGAGGCCAUCCGGCUGAAGUACAUCUCCACCCACCAGCGCGAGAUCCGGGCGGACCUCUACCAGAGCGUCCGUGACGCCGUGGCGGCUGACGCGGAGCUCGGCCAGCAGGAGCAGCCCGAGGAGGGACGUGAGCAGGCUGGUGUACCGGUCGUCGGGAGACGAGUCGUUCUGCCGGCUACUUUCAUCGUGGACCCCGCCAUAUGA